AUCCUGCAGCACUAUUGUCCUGGCUCAGAUGAUGAAUUGAAAGUCUUCACUUCUGGGUGUCCGAGUGAUCAUUCGCCUCGUGUCAAUCUAGCUGCCUUUGGGGGGAAAUACAAUAAAUUCCCUGGGUUGAAAUAGGGUCGAUCCUUUCGCUCCGGAUAUCAACGUCUUUUUUUCUGAUCGCCAAGGCGGGGCUUUUCAAAGGCAAAUGUCUCUGAAACAGGAAAUCGAAUCAUGGGUGCAAGCAUUGGCGCACUACGAUCACAACGAAUUCAACGAAGCGCUCAUGUGCUUUGAGCCAAUCUCAGAUACUUCAAAGAUAUUAUUCAACUGUGGCGUAAUUCAUGCCACGAUUGGGCAACAUGACAAGGCAGUCGCAUUCUACCAACGCGCAGUUGCCCUUGACCAGUACCUCGCAAUAGCCUACUUUCAGCAAGGCGUUUCCAAUUUCCUUGUGGGCGAUUUCGAAGAAGCCCUAGCCAAUUUUAAUGAUACAUUACUUUACCUCCGAGGUAACACUUAUAUCAAUUAUGAGCAGUUAGGAUUGAGUUUCAAGCUCUAUUCUUGCGAGGUGCUGUUCAAUAGGGGGCUUUGCUAUAUCUACUUGCAGCAGAAGAAAGCUGGGCUACUGGAUUUCUCUUAUGCCGUCAAGGAGAAAAUGGUCGAGACACACAAUGUCAUUGAUGAUGCGAUCAGGGAUGAAGCAGAAGGUUAUACCGUCUUCUCGAUCCCGGUAGGCGUGCUAUAUCGGCCGACAAAUGCCAAGGUCAAAAACCUGAAGACUAAAGACUACUUGGGCAAAGCUCGUCUGAUUGCAGCGGCCAAUAACUCCAACCCGUAUGCGAGAGGGGAACAGGUGGCCACUCGAGCAAACAUUAGUCGAGAUGACAGAUUUGUGGAGAAUAUCUCUUAUGCAGCGACAAAUAUGAUCAAGCCCGGUCUCCAAAGUCGGUCCAGACAACAGUCAGAGCCCCCGAUCAAUCGAAACAUGUUCCCGCCCACCCCGCCUCCGGAGGCAGAGAAACCAUCAUCAUCAUCUUCUUCGUCGGUGAUGAUGGGAGGUGAAGUAAUGCGGGAUACUGUCCCGCUAGUAACAAGGCGAGUCGAUUCAGUACGAAGCACUGGGGCAAGGUUGGAACAACUGGAACAAGUGGCGAGGAACAAGUUCCUUGAGAAGCCUCGACUGGGAACCGUUCGUACAGCUUCUGAGCCGAGAGCCCAUGCGCGGACCUUUUCGGGGGGCCCGGGUCGAGAAAUUCCAGCCCAUGUCGGCAGAGAUUCAUCACUGCGCCGCCAUAUAACGUCUGACGGCGAAAUCGACGAAGACGCCGUGCCGGAACUGUACAGCAGAUAUCACACUGUGAGAUCACCACCAACUGUGAGGGGGACAAGAUCGAGAAGCCGACGACCUCCGUCCAUUGAAGAGGAAGAAGAGGCAGGAAGUGACAGCCACGGUAGCUCUUCCUUUGAGGACCGGGGUUCCGGCGCGGUACCACAAGGCUUAAGACGAUUACGGGGCUCAAGUCGAGCGCCAUCUAGACAGCCUGAAAUCCGAAAAAUUCGUGUCAAGGUUCACUUGGACGAGAUUCGCUACAUUAUGAUAAAUACAGAAACCACAUUUGAAGAAUUAGUCGACAAAGUUAGGGAGAAAUUUGGUCUCAGGAAACGGUUCAAAUGCAAGAUGCAAGACGAAGGAGAUAUGGUCACCAUGGGCGACCAGGAUGAUUUGGACAUGGCCAUAUCGAAUGCAAAGGCCGUCGCAAAGCAACAGCGUGCAGAUAUGGGCAAGAUUGAGAUAUGGGUCCAUAAAAUGGACAAGCCUUUAUGAUUUACGAUUUCUAAACGACCGCUGACGCCUUGAUUACUUUUUCUCUUCUACAUAUACCCUUGCGGCAUUCAUAUUUCUUGGUUCCAUCUUAUAACUAGUCAUGGG